CGCUCGGCUGUCUGGAACAGUGGGCCGGGUGCCGGUCCUGCCACGCAGCCGCAGAGGCUCUGGCCCGCGGGCGGGCGGCAGGAAGAGAGGCGACGCCCCCUGGAGCGCGGCAGGAACCCGGCCGGGCCCGCCUCCCAGCCAGCAGAGCCGCGCCGGCCCCAGCGGUGAUGAAAGCGGCGGCCGAGUCCAGGUCACGCCGAAGCCGUUGCCCUUUUAAGGGGGAGCCUUGAAACAGCGCCCGGGUUCCAUGUUUGCAUCCGCCUCGCGGGGAGGAAACUCCAUGUUGUAACAAAGUUUCCUCCGCGCCCCCUCCCUCCCCCUCCCCCUUAGAACCUGGCUCCCCUCCCCUCCGAAGCUCGCGGGGAUCCCUCCCUCCCACCCCUCCCCUCCCCCCCGCGCCCCGAUUCCGGCCCGAGCCGGGGGGGAGGCCGGGCGCCCGGGCCAGAGUCCGGCCGGAGCGGAGCGCGCCCGGCCCCAUGGACAGCUCGGCCGUCAUUACUCAGAUCACCAAGGAGGAGGCGCGGGGCCCGCUACGGGGCAAAGGUGACCAGAAGUCAGCAGCUUCUCAGAAGCCCCGGAGCCGGGGCAUCCUCCACUCGCUCUUCUGCUGCGUCUGCCGGGACGAUGGGGACGCCCUGCCCGCCCACAGUGGGGCGCCCCUGCUGGUGGAGGAGAACGGCGCUGUCCCCAAGCAGACCCCAGUCCAGUACCUGCUCCCAGAGGCCAAGGCCCAGGACGUGGACAAGAUCUGUGUGGUCAUCGACCUGGAUGAGACCCUGGUGCACAGCUCCUUCAAGCCAGUGAACAACGCCGACUUCAUCAUCCCUGUGGAGAUUGAUGGGGUGGUCCACCAGGUCUACGUGCUGAAGCGGCCCCAUGUGGAUGAGUUCCUGCAGCGAAUGGGCGAGCUCUUUGAGUGUGUGCUGUUCACCGCCAGCCUUGCCAAGUAUGCAGACCCAGUAGCUGAUCUACUGGACAAGUGGGGCGCCUUCCGGGCACGGCUGUUUCGUGAGUCCUGCGUCUUCCACCGGGGCAAUUACGUGAAGGACCUGAGCCGGCUGGGCCGAGACCUGCGGCGGGUGCUCAUCCUAGACAACUCGCCCGCCUCCUACGUCUUCCAUCCAGACAACGCCGUACCAGUGGCUUCCUGGUUUGACAACAUGAGUGACACAGAGCUCCACGACCUCCUGCCCUUCUUCGAGCAGCUCAGCCGCGUGGAUGACGUGUACUCAGUGCUCAGGCAGCCAAGGCCCGGCAGCUAGUGAGGCGCCCCGGGGGCCAGGACCUGCCCCUGACCGGUGCCCACGCCCCUCACACGUGGACUGUUCCUUAAGAAAACCCAGCGGCCGCUGCCGCCACCUCAGCGUCAUGGGGAAGUGGGCCCUCCCCACCUGCCUGGCCAGGCUGUGAAAGGGGCAGCGGGCUGCACCAAGGGCGAUGAGCCCCUGGGUCCCUGUGUCAGUGCCUUAGAACCUCCUCCUUCUUCUUGGGGGACCUGUGGGACCCUGCGUGCAGCUCCCCCUUUUUCUCUCUCUCUGCUGCCAUGUUUCUCUGCUGCCAAAUCGGGCCCCUUGGCUCUUUUCUGGUUCUGCUUGGGGGAGGGGCAGGGUUCUUGCUGCCCCAUGCCUUGGGCCCCCAGCCUGGGAACAGUGGACACCAAGUGCCUUGCAUAGAGCCCUUUUCCCUGCCCUGUUUUCCCAGGGCCACGAUCAGGUCAGCUCUUGCCCGGAACAGUCUCCAGAUUGCUGCAGUCUAGCCUGGCAGGGGAGGAACCAGUCUCCGCACCUCCUCCCUUGGGACUGACACAGACCCCACCAAUCUCUGCCUAGGAGGGCAGGGAGGGAAGAUCUGUUACCACUUGUGAAGGGAGCAGGGUGCGUCCUACGGGACCCUGGAGUCCAGCUUCUCUAGGCUCAGCAGCAGCUGAAGGCUGCUCUCCACGCCAAGACCUGACCCCUCACAUCUGCCUUGACCACCCCAAGGCCCUGGGGCUUGACUCCCCCAGCUCCUAGUGUGGGGGCAUAGGCAAGACCCCUUUGUGGUGCCAUAUAAAUAUGUAUAUGUGUAUAUAGUUUUAGGGGAAGGGGAGAGGGAAGGGCUGGGGUAGAGAUACCCCUCCUUCACCCCUUUCCUGGACCCAUAAACUGGGGGGAGGGAGGGAAAGGAUUUUUACAUUUUUUAAACUGCUAUUUUCUGAAUGAAACAGGCUGGGCCAAGAAGUCCCAAGCCCUGUCUUCUGUCCCUCACACCCUCUUUGCUCCAAUUAUUCAUUCAAAACACAUUAUUAGCACCUUCUCUGUGCCCAGCUCUGUGCUAGGCUCACCAGCUGAGUGUGUGGGGUCCCUGCACCUAAUCAGUGCCUCCCCACCCACUCCAUACUUCACCGGUGCCUUUAGGGGAGCUGUAGGAGGUGGGACCCUUCUUGUGGGGUUUGGGGGUCUCCAGGAAGCCUGGCCAAGCUGUCUCCCCUCCCCAGUGCCAACCCAUCCCCUGUCGACCCCAGCCUCACCCCCUGCUGGCUGGGGGCAGCUCCCAGGACAUCCUGAUUUGCAGCUCUGACUUCUCUAUCUGGAACCCCUUCCCCCUAAAUGCUGAGUGUGGAGGUCAAGGCCUUGGGCUCUCCCCAAGGCCUAACGGUUAAGGGGACCCACGUAGCAGUGCCAAGGGGGAUGUCAAAUGGAGAUGUCAUUGCCCCCCUCCCCUCAGAACUGGGGGUGGGAGGGAGGACAAGGUUGGCCUGAAUCGGGUGACCUUCCCAUUUAAGUGCCUUCUCUGACUGAAAGCCCCACACUAUGACAAGAACUAAAGAGAUCGCCAGACCCCCA